ACAUAUAUACAGAAUAUAUACACAACUCUUUAUUUUCGUAUAUGAAAACUAUGGACUUAAUAUUUGUGGCAAUAAUCGGAGUAUGCUUUUGGUAAUUAUGGGUAACUUUCAGCUAAAAGGCAACUCCGAUGGCGUCAACUUCAAAGAGUUGGCGUCCACUACACCGUUUUCAAGCAAACAGCUCAAGGAAUGGUACUCCGAGUUUAUCCACGAGUGUCCCAAUGGAGAGAUGGAUAAAAAGACAUUUAUGGACAACUUUGGUGAACACUUUUUCCCGGCCGACGGAAAUACUGUCAAAUUGGCUGAAUAUGUGUUCAAACGAUUUGAUACAAAUCAAGAUGGAUCCAUUAGUUUUGCUGAAUUUAUAAAUGCAGUUUCAAUCCCUUCUCGUGGAAAUAUAGACGAAAAACUUGAUUGGUGUUUCUCAAUUUACGACAUCGAUGAAGAUGGUUAUAUUACCACCGAUGAGAUGGCAAAUGUGAUUAAAGCUAUUUUCCGACGACGAGGACUACGACUUGAUAUAGACUCUAAAGUCCAAGAGAUUUUCAACAGAAUGGAUAUCAAUAAAGACGGAGUUCUUAGUAAAGAAGAGUUCAUCAAAGGCUUCAAAACGGAUCCAACAAUACUAAGUGCUUUAGUGGCCGAACAGUGCAAUAAUACCGGUGCCGCCGCCGGCGGUGGAGACCUAAAUAAUAGGCCAAACAAUAACCAAACGACAAACAAUUCAUUGCAACCGAAAUAAUAAAUUAAAAAAAAAUAAACUCAACUGUAAAU